AUGGCCGUCCUUGGUGUAUGGGUAUCCAAUGUUACAAAGGAGGAUGCCGCUUCGCUAGACAAGUGGAUAGCCAACCUGAGCGCCGGUGCAGCAAAGGCAUACGAGCAUGCGAACUCACCAGCUAAUGUGGUAGCGCUUGGGAUUGUGAAUCGGCGAUACAAGUAA